AUGAGGGGUUACCAUGGCGACCGAGGCAGCCAUCCCCGCCCAACCCGCUUUGCUGACCAGCAGCAUAUGGAUGUGGGCCCAGCUGCCAGGGCCCCGUACCUGCUGGGCUCCGGGGAGGCCUUCUCCACCGAGCCCCGCUUCUGUGCCCCGAGAGCAGGCCUGGGACACCUUUCUCCCGAAGGGCCCCUGAGCCUGAGUGAGGGGCCAUCAGUAGGCCCCGAGGGAGGGCCAGGGGGGGCCGGAGUUGGGGGGGGUAGCAGCACCUUCCCCAGGAUGUACCCUGGCCAGGGCCCUUUUGACACCUGUGAAGACUGUGUGGGCCACCCACAGGGCAAGGGUGCCCCCCGCCUGCCUCCUACACUCCUGGACCAGUUUGAAAAGCAGUUGCCAGUUCAACAGGAUGGCUUCCACACGCUACCAUACCAGCGAGGUCCAGCAGGGGCCGGGCCAGGACCAGGGCCGGGGUCUGGCACUGCCCCGGAGGCCCGCAGUGAGAGCCCCAGCCGCAUCCGGCACCUGGUUCACUCUGUGCAGAAGCUCUUUGCCAAGUCCCACUCUCUGGAGGCCCCAGGGAAGAGGGACUAUAAUGGGCCCAAGGCCGAGGGAAGAGGUGGCUCUGGGGGAGACAGCUUCCCUGGCCCGGGCUCUGGAGGCCCUCACACCUCCCACCACCACCAUCACCACCACCACCACCACCACCACCAGUCCCGGCACGGCAAGAGGAGCAAGAGCAAGGACCGCAAGGGGGACGGGCGGCACCAGGCCAAGGCCGCGGGCUGGUGGAGCUCCGACGACAACUUGGACAGUGAUAGCGGCUUCCUGGCGGGUGGGCGGCCCCCGGGGGAGCCUGGUGGUCCCUUCUGCCUGGAGGCUCCAGAUGGGUCCUACCGGGACUUGAGCUUCAAGGGGCGCUCGGGCGGGUCAGAAGGCCGCUGUCUUGCCUGCACUGGCAUGUCCAUGUCACUGGAUGGACAAUCAGUCAAGCGAAGUGCCUGGCAUACCAUGAUGGUCAGCCAAGGCCGGGAUGGAUACCCUGGGGCUGGGCCAGGCAAGGGGCUCCUGGGUCCAGAGACCAAGGCCAAAGCCAGGACUUAUCAUUAUCUGCAGGUGCCGCAAGAUGACUGGGGGGGUUACCCCACUGGGGGCAAGGAUGGGGAGAUCCCCUGCCGCAGGAUGCGCAGCGGCAGCUACAUCAAAGCCAUGGGGGACGAGGAGAGCGGAGACUCAGAUGGCAGCCCCAAGACAUCUCCCAAAGCUGUCGCCCGGCGCUUCACCUCCCGCCGCUCCUCCAGCGUGGACCAGGCCCGGAUCAACUGCUGUGUCCCACCCCGGAUCCACCCACGGAGCUCCAUUCCUGGCUACACCCGUUCCCUCACUACCGGACAGCUCAGCGAGGAGCUGAACCAGCAGCUGGAGGCCGUGUGCGGGUCCGUGUUUGGGGAGCUUGAGUCCCAGGCUGUGGACGCCCUGGACCUGCCCGGCUGUUUCCGCAUGCGGAGCCACAGCUACCUCCGGGCCAUCCAGGCCGGCUGCUCUCAAGACGACGACUGCCUGCCCCUCCUUGCUGCCCCUGCCUCUGUCUCAGGGAGGCCCGGCUCCUCCUUCAACUUCAGAAAGGCCCCGCCCCCCAUCCCACCGGGAAGCCAGGCCCCGCCCCGCAUCUCCAUCACCGCCCAGAGCAGCACCGACUCCGCCCACGAGAGCUUCACCGCGGCCGAGGGCCCCGCCCGGCGCUGCAGCUCCGCCGACGGGCUGGACGGCCCCGCCAUGGGUGCGCGCACCCUGGAGUUGGCGCCGGUGCCCCCCCGGGCCAGCCCCAAGCCCCCCACACUCAUCAUCAAGACCAUUCCUGGCAGGGAGGAGCUGCGGAGCCUGGCGCGGCAGCGGAAGUGGCGGCCGUCCAUUGGGGUGCAGGUGGAGACUAUCUCGGACUCGGACACGGAGAACAGGAGUCGAAGAGAGUUCCACUCCAUCGGCGUACAGGUGGAAGAGGACAAGAGGCGGGCGAGGUUCAAGCGCUCCAACAGUGUGACAGCCGGCGUGCAGGCAGACCUGGAGCUGGAGGGCCUGGCCGGCCUGGCCACAGUGGCCACAGAAGACAAGGCUCUGCAGUUUGGACGCUCUUUCCAGAGGCACGCCUCUGAGCCCCAGCCCGGGCCCCGGGCCCCCACCUACUCAGUCUUCCGCACGGUCCACACGCAAGGCCAGUGGGCCUACCGCGAGGGCUACCCACUGCCGUAUGAGCCGCCGGCCACCGAUGGGUCGCCCGGCCCUGCCCCCGCCUCCACCCCCGGCCCCGGGGCCGGCCGCCGUGACUCCUGGAUGGAGCGGGGCUCACGUAGCCUCCCCGACUCAGGCCGCACGUCCCCCUGCCCACGGGACGGCGAGUGGUUCAUCAAGAUGCUGAGGGCGGAGGUGGAGAAGCUGGAGCACUGGUGCCAGCAGAUGGAGCGCGAGGCGGAGGACUAUGAGCUGCCCGAGGAGAUCCUGGAGAAGAUCCGCAGUGCCGUGGGCAGCACACAACUUCUCCUGUCCCAGAAGGUUCAGCAGUUUUUCCGGCUGUGUCAGCAAAGCAUGGACCCCACUGCGUUCCCUGUGCCCACCUUCCAGGACCUGGCGGGUUUCUGGGACCUCCUGCAGCUCUCUAUCGAGGAUGUGACCCUCAAGUUCCUGGAGCUACAGCAACUCAAGGCCAACAGCUGGAAACUCCUGGAACCUAAGGAGGAGAAGAAGGUCCCUCCGCCGAUACCAAAGAAGCCGUCGCGGGGCCGGGGCGUGCCGGUGAAGGAGCGCUCCCUGGACUCGGUGGACCGGCAGCGGCAGGAAGCGCGCAAGCGGCUCCUGGCGGCCAAGCGCGCCGCCUCCUUCCGCCACAGCUCGGCCACCGAGAGCGCCGACAGCAUCGAGAUCUACAUCCCCGAGGCCCAGACCAGGCUGUGACCGGCCCGGCCCGCCCAGCCCGGGCCCGCGGUUUUCUACCCGUACUGUACACCCAGCGUCGAGGUCACUGUGAUCGCGGGCCGCCCCGUGCGCCCGCC